UCUCUACAUCAAAUCAAAUGAACUGUAUUAGAGCCCUUAGCUAAUAAUUUAUUCUUAAGUUCUGGAACGGGGUGAUAAAUGCCGGUCUAGUAUCUGUUUUUCUGAACCUUUAUAAUUUGCCAGUGUCACUCUUGACAAAGUUUAUGAAAGCAUUUCCCCAAAAAUUUAAGUAAAAAGUGUCUUGUUCUAGCAUUAUGAAUCUGGUUGAAGUUCAUGCUCAUUUAUUCUGUAUGUUUAUUUAUUUAUUCAUCUCUUUGUAGUUUUAGGACGUAUGGUUCAUUGAGCUCCCACAUGCUAUACCUAUAUAUCCACCAUUUUGAUAUAUGAUGAAUAUAAAAAAAAUACUUUUCUUCUGUCAAGACAAUGUCGCCUUCGUUGGAUGGGUCAAUGAAGACUAGGAAAACACUAUUUUCUGAAUUUUAUACCACACUUGCCCUUCUGAAGCUUCCGGCUGACUGUCAAAGUCAUCGAGUCAACAAAGUCUUAAGUCUUUCACAAGUGCCUUCUGAAGCUUUGAGCGAACCAUUCAAAGUCAUUGAGUCAGCAAAUUCCCAAGUCUUUCUAGCUUAGAGCACCAUCUAUCUGGUAAGAGGCUGGGAGGGCUUUCUGUUUGUUUGCGUUUCACAAUGGAAGCAAUCAUUUCUGAAUUUUAUACCACACUUGCCCUUCUGAAGCUUCUGGCUGACUGUCAAAGUCAUCGAGUCAACAAAGUCUUAAGUCUUUCGAGCUCAGAGCACCAUCUAUAUAGUGACGUGCUGGGAGGAGUUCCUGUUCAUUCGCGCUUCACAAUGGAGACAAUCAUCUCUGUGGUUCUUGGUGAUCUUGUUGGCAGAGCUAUAUCCUUCGUGGUCGAGAAGCGCCGCGAGAAGACAACCGCUGAGGAGGAUCUGCAGAGGCUGCGCCAGCUGCUUCUGAGGAUAAGUGCUGUUGUCGAGGAGGCUGAGGGGCGAUGUGUCACAAACCGGGGGAUGAUACAUCAAGCUAGCACGAUGCGAGAGCAAAUGUUCAGAGGGUACUACCUUCUCGAUGCCUUCAGGUGCAGAGAGAAGAAGACCGAUGACGAGGAGGUGAGUCACUUCUUGUUUGCUCAAUCCAAUUUCAAUCCGGCCAAGCGUUUUCGCCGCCUUUCUAGCAACACUCAGAUUGAGAGCACGGUAACUGUUAGAGUAAGCAGUCAGGAGCUUAAACAGGUUGUUCUUGGCCUAGAAAGCAUGCUUGUUGAUAUGAAGGAGUUUGCUAUAUUUCUGAUGAGCUACCCUCGCAUGUACCGCCAACCCUAUGGUGCAUAUUUAUUUGUGGACAAGUAUAUGUUUGGCCGCCAAAUGGAGAGGGAACAAGCCAUCCGCUUCUUGCUACAAGCAGAGCUUCCGUAUGGAAAUGUGGGUGUCCUUCCAGUUGUUGGUUCUGCAUAUGUUGGGAAGAGCACUCUUGUGGAACAUGUUUGCAACGAUGAGCGUGUACAAAACCACUUCUCCUUGAUCUUGCUCUACAUUGGAAACAACCUUCAAGAUGAAACGAUGACAACUUUUAGAGAUCAUUGCGUGAUCAAGCAUCAAAAUAUUUCCUUGGAUGAAGAGAAGUCGUUGGUAGUCAUUGAGCUCUUAGGGGACGUGGACAAAGGAGUAUGGAAGAGACUGCUGCACUCUUCUGAACGAUGCAUGCCACAUGGGAGUAAGAUCAUAAUCACAAGCCGAUCAGAGAAAGUGGCCAGUCUUGGAACAACGGAAGCCGUCAGGCUAAACUAUUUGUCUAAAGAAGCUUACUGGUAUUUCUUCAGGAUGCUCGUGUUUGGUAGCACGGAUCCGGAGGAGCACCCGAAGUUAACAUCCAUAGCCAUGGAGAUAGCCGUAGAGAUGUGUGGAUCUUUCUUAUACGCAUAUGUUGCUGCUGCCUUACUGAGAGAAAAUCUUAGUGCUCGGUUCUGGUACAGGGUUCUCAGACACCUUAGGGAGUACAAGCAGAAGAAUAUCUUGUUGUUAGGUGAAUAUCCUGCUGAGGAAGAUCAGCCUCGGUAUAUUUUGAGCUUGGCUAAAAGGCGGCAUGGUUCUGAGGAUACUAAGUUCCUUUUGCAAAGUAGUCACUGCCACAAUGGUCCUGCUUCUCAUGGUGGGCUUCCGAAGAUAACAAUGGUGGAUCUGCUAUCCGGCACCUGGAGCGCUAUGCCAAGGGGAAAAUUUGAGGUCUUGUCCUGGAGGUCUGUCAUACCACCGUACUACAGCUACACAACUGCUUGCGAGUUUGUCCGGCACAGCAGUAGUACCACAGCAUAGAUGAAGAAGAGAAGCGCUCUUUGGCACCGUGGUGACAUUGCUUUGAUUUACUGGUGGUUCUCUUCUUGUCUAUGGACCAUGGCUCACCUGAUUGGUUGAUGAGACUUCCUUGCUUUGCUGGUGUAAAAGUUGAUGAUAUUUAUUUAAGUUGAUCUGGUUCUUGACUCGAUCUUGUAUGGAGUAUACUGUGACUGGUAUCCGGUACAUAUGGCUCCCUAAUUACCGGUUGUGUUUGUAAUCACUUUUGCCAUCUUCAUCUGAAUAAAUAAGCCCUUGGCUAAGUA